ACGGCCGUUGUCUCUGUGGCGCUUUGCUCAGUCCAGAGUCAAUGCCCCAUGGUUGUACUAGCAAACGUGCCAACUAGUGGGGACUUUUCAACAACGCUCUCUCUCUCUCAAUCAACAUCAAAGUUCCAUUGACUUCAGAAACAAGCCCCAAGGACCCUCCAACGUCCCACACUAUCAAAUUCAAACCCAAACCCCCCUCUCUCUCUCUAAUCGAUCGACAAUACAUCAUUGCGCGUUGUUGCCUAUAAUUCCCGCGAAUCCCAAUUCCCCGCGCCUCGAGAAAUCCAAAAAGGAGAAAAAUUUCCCCUCACUUUCUCGCGAAAAUCCAUUUCUCGGCGUCAGCCCGAUCUGAAUUCCCGCGUCGCGGCUCUGCGACGGAAGUAGUGCCCUAGCUGGCGAUCUCGGAACGAGCAUGUCGUCCAUGUCUUUGCCUUACUCCAAGAGAGAUCUCCACUACGACAACGCUAAGUUCCGCCAUCGCUCCUUCUCCAAGGUCAUUUCUCAGAGCCUUCUUACAAGUAAUAUUAGACAUGAUUGCAUAAGCUGUAGUACAGGCAAGUUUCUUUUGUUACUAUUGAUAUUUGGUGUAGCAUGUCUUAUGCUGACGCGCACAAGUCCUGCUCAGUCUAUUUCUGAUGCAAGGAAUUUGGGAGAAGACAAGGUCACUGUCUUUGGUGGCACUAAACUUGGAAAGUUUUUGAGAAAACCGCCAAGGCUACCUCCACGUUUACCUCCUGGAGAUAGUAAAAGUAGCCCUAGUCUGAAUUCAGAUUCCAAAUGGAUAGAUAGGCAACAAAGUGUUAAGAAAGCUUUUAUCCAUGCAUGGUCGGGCUAUAAAAAGUACGCAAUGGGUUAUGAUGAACUUAUGCCUGUUUCCCAGAGGGGAGUCGACGGAUUAGGUGGGCUUGGUGCUACUAUUGUGGAUGCUCUUGAUACUGCCAUGAUUAUGGGUGCUAAUGAAGUUGCUUCUGAAGCAAGCUCGUGGGUUGAAACACAACUUUCAAAUAGGAUUAGCCAGAAAGGGCAAGUCAAUUUAUUUGAAACAACCAUACGUGUCUUAGGAGGUCUUUUAAGUGCAUAUCAUUUGAGUUUAGCAGAAGCAGGGACAAACAAUGUGCCUAAAGCGUCUGUUUACCUUGAAACUGCUAAGAACUUGGCAGAUCGCCUCCUAUCUGCUUUUACUUCCAGCCCAACUGCUAUUCCCUUUAGUGAUGUUAUUCUACAUGAUUCGUCAGCACAUCCGGCUCCUGGGGGGUUGAGCAGUACUUCUGAGGUUUCCACUGUACAGCUUGAGUUCAAUUAUCUUAGUACUGUUUCUGGUGAUCCAAAGUACUCUGAAGCAGCCAUGAAGGUCUUGGACCACAUGAAGACCCUCCCAAAGGUGGAAGGACUGGUCCCCAUCUAUAUUAGCUCUCACUCUGGUGAAUUUAGUGGUAACAAUAUUAGACUUGGAUCUCGUGGUGAUAGCUACUAUGAGUACCUACUGAAAGUUUGGCUCCAGAGGAGAGCUAGUCAAGAUAGUAAUUUGGCAUAUCUUCAUAAUAUGUAUGAGGAAGCAAUGAAGGGUGUCAAACACCUUCUUGUUAGGAGAUCAAUCCCAAAGGGACUGGUUUUCGUUGGCGAAUUGCCCUAUGGACCUAAGGGCGAGUUUAGUCCAAAAAUGGAUCACCUGGUUUGCUUUUUGCCAGGUACUCUCGCACUUGGUGCAACUAAAGGUUUUACCAAGGAAAAAGCUAUGAAAGACAAUUUACUCAACUUUGAAGACCUGGAAAAUUUAAAGCUUGCCGAAGAUUUGGCUAAAACCUGCUUUGAAAUGUAUUCAGUAACCUCUACUGGUCUUGCUCCAGAAAUAGCUUACUUUCAUACAGAGGAAUACUCUGAAGGAGGUCUUGAUGGUGGGAACAAGAGUUCAGAAUAUGUCAAUGAUAUAAUCAUCAAACAUGCAGAUCGUCAUAAUCUCUUACGUCCAGAAACUGUUGAAUCAUUAUUUGUUUUAUAUCGCAUCACAGAGGAUCCAAAAUAUCGUGAGUGGGGUUGGCAGAUCUUUGAAGCCUUUGAGAAAUUCACGAGAGUUGAUAGCGGUGGAUAUACUUCUCUGGAUGAUGUUACUACGAUUCCGCCAAAUAGAAGAGACAAAAUGGAGACAUUCUUUAUGGGCGAGACCCUAAAGUAUUUGUAUUUAUUGUUUGCAGACAGCUCUCUUAUUCCUCUGGAUAAGUUUGUCUUUAACUCAGAAGCUCACCCUAUUCCAAUUGAAGGUGCAAUCAAGAAAGAAUAAUCCUCAAUUAAAUUCGAUUCUGUAGAAGUUAUUUGAAAUUAUGGUAGCGGGCCGAAAUCAGAAAUGCUCUUUCUGAACAUGCUGCUGUGUUUUUACAUGGUUCUUCAUCAUAUCUCGAUGCGAGCAGUAAAUGUAUCACUUCGAUUAGAGGCGACUUAUUUUGUCUCUUGUACGAUGCUUCAGAUAGCACGCAUUCUUCUUUUACUGUCAAAAGCUUACAGAAAGGAAAAUUUUCCAGGACUUUCCUAUACUUCUGGUCCACUGCACAAUGAAAGGAUUGUAAAAUGUGUUUGUUUAGCUUAACUUUAUUGAUAGUUGUUGAACGAGGUUUAUGAUUCAAAGUGAAGUGCUACCAUUUGUAAUUGAUUUAUGUGGUUUUCAAGUUGAAUUGAUGGCUUUGGAGCACAAUACAGUCAACUUGUGUUGUCA